AUGGGUGUUAUUGACAAAAUCAAGGCUAUCGAGGAAGAAAUGGCCAGAACCCAAAAGAAUAAGGCCACAGAACAUCAUCUGGGUCUUUUGAAGGGUAAACUGGCUAGAUAUAGACAGCAGCUGCUGGCAGAUGAGGCUGGCAGUGGUGGCGGUGGCGGCUCUGGAUUUGAAGUGGCCAAGUCAGGUGACGCUAGAGUUGUCUUGAUAGGCUAUCCUUCUGUUGGUAAAUCGUCCCUAUUGGGUAAAAUCACCACUACUAAAUCAGAAAUUGCUCAUUACGCGUUCACAACUUUGACCUCUGUUCCAGGUGUGUUGAAAUAUCAAGGUGCUGAAAUCCAAAUCGUGGAUCUUCCAGGUAUUAUUUAUGGUGCUUCGCAAGGUAAAGGCCGUGGUAGACAAGUUGUAGCCACUGCAAGAACCGCCGAUCUAGUGUUAAUGGUUUUGGAUGCCACAAAGAGUGAACACCAGCGGACAUCUUUGGAGAAAGAAUUGGAAAACGUGGGGAUCAGAUUAAAUAAGGAGAAACCAAACAUCUACUAUAAAAAAAAGGAAACUGGUGGUGUCAAAGUUACAUUCACCUCUCCUCCAAAGAAUAAUUUAACUGAUCAAGCAAUCAAAAUGAUCUUAAGAGACUAUCGUAUCCAUAACGCAGAAGUUCUCGUAAGGGACGACGAGUGUACUAUUGAUGAUUUCAUUGAUGUCAUCAACGAACAACAUAGAAAUUAUGUCAAAUGUCUUUACGUUUAUAAUAAAAUCGAUGCGGUAUCAUUAGAGGAAGUAGACAAAUUGGCCAGAGAACCGAACACCGUUGUUAUGUCAUGUGAAAUGGAUUUAGGAUUACAAGAUGUCGUUGAAGAAAUUUGGUACCAGUUGAAUUUGAGCCGGGUCUAUACAAAGAAAAGAGGUAUUAGACCAGUGUUCAAUGAUCCCCUAGUAGUGAGGACGGAUUCGACCAUUGGUGAUCUAUGCCAUGGUAUCCACAGAGACUUCAAGGAUAAGUUCAAAUAUGCAUUGGUUUGGGGCUCAUCCGCCAAGCAUUCUCCUCAAAAAUGUGGGUUGAAUCACAAAAUUGAUGAUGAGGAUGUAGUUUCUUUAUUUGCGAAAUGA